ACUGUGCAGCACUUUCGACAUACCUAGAUUUCUUGAAAUUACAAACGGAACACUUUUAAACAUACUCACGGUCACACCGAAUUCUUAACCAACAUUGGGACCGUAAUUCAUUAUUAUUUUUAUUUUUGCUCUAUUUCAGAUGUACAUUAUUUAUGAGGACGUUCUUGACGAAAGUACCGCCUGCACAAGACGCACAGAUUUACUUGAACGGCUAGCCGGUGAGCUAACAUGUGAGCGAUGUGUUUACUCCUGUAAACAUGUACACGGCGUUCGUGCCGAGUUAACAACUUGUCUUUAACUUUCAACCUGUUGUUUGUUUAAAAACAUUCAUUCGACAGGUACGUCCCCAACUUCCUGCUAAGUGUUGAAGGUAAUGUGUAGCAUGCCCUCCGUUAGCCUCUGGAAGCUGCAUUAAGAAGCCAACAGACUGAGGACAACAUGUCACCCUGGACAUGGAGGCUGUUUCACCUAGUGAAACACAGAAGUUUGUGGAUGAGGGUCCGCAGAAAUGUCACCACUUGGUCUUCCGUGGGGACUGCUUUCAACGCCAAACCUGCCAAGAGACUGGACAUGUUCGAGAAGAGCGUGGGCCUGUUUGGAGUACCAGAGCUGAGCUGUCCUUCUGGGUUUCAGGCGGCCACAAAGGCUGCUUUAAAAAACACUGAGCUCCUGGUCCACAAAGCUUGUUCCUGUCCACCAGGUGCUGAGACUGUGGAGUCUUUUGACCAACUGUCUGAUGGUUUGUGUAAAGUUGCAGACCUGGCUGACUUUGUCAAAGUAGCUCAUCCUGAUCCAGCUUUUAGAGAAGCUGCAGAAAGAACCUGUAUAGAGAUUGGCACAGUCGUGGAAAAGCUGAACACCAAUGUUGAGCUGUGUAAAAGUCUGAAGGAAUUGCUGGACAACCCAGAAAUUGUUGCUCAGCUGGAUCCUGACACAAGACGUGUAGCGGAGUUGUUCAUGUUUGACUUUGAGAUCAGCGGAAUUCACCUGGAAGACAAACUGAGAAAAGAAGCUGUUGAGCUGCACGUGAAGCUGUUGGACCUCAGCAAUGAGUUUCUGGUCGGGUCCCACAUGCCCAACAGAAUAGCCAGGUCUGUGAUACCUGAACAUCUGCACGUGCACUUUGCAAGUGAGGGCAGCUUCAUCCAAGUCGGCGGAUUUCACGCAGAUACUCCUGAUGACUUGGUGCGGGAGAUUGCCUACAGGAUCUUCCUCUACCCUAAUGCUGAUUUAAUGAAUUGUCUGGAAGAACUGCUGAAGUGCAGAUACAAGAUGGCCAAACUGGUGGGCUACGAGUCGUACGCUCACAGGGCCCUGAAGGGAACGAUGGCUAAAACCCCAGAGACGGUGAUGAACUUCCUUCAGAUGUUAACGGACAAACUGACAGACAGAACAGCAAAAGACUUCAGAAUGAUGGGUGACAUGAAGAAGAAACUCAACCCUCGCAAUUCCGAGCUCAUGCCUUGGGAUCACCCCUUCCUCAGUGGUGUCCUGCGUGCUGAGAGGUACAACAUCGAGCCCAGUCUGUACAGUCCUUACCUGUCUCUGGGAGCCUGUAUGGAGGGUCUGAACAACCUCUUCUCUCAGCUCUACGGCGUCUCCCUCGUGUCCCAGCAGCCCAGUGCUGGAGAGGUGUGGAGUGAGGACGUCCGCAAACUGGCCGUGGUGCAUGAGACGGAGGGAUUACUGGGAUAUAUCUACUGUGACUUUUUCCAGCGCUCAAAUAAACCUCACCAGGAUUGUCACUUCACCAUCAGGGGCGGCCGCUGGUGCUCAGAGACGGGUCAGUACCAGCUGCCGGUGGGGGUACUGAUGCUCAGGCUGCCUCGUCACAGUAGAUCUGAAGUGACUGCUGUUUUCCUUGUUCUUUAUAUUUAUAUCUGUGCUCCAGGAACCAGGUGUGCUACUGACUUUGCUGAAGUUCCUUCCAUACUCAUGGAGUAUUUUGCUACUGAUUAUCGAGUCAUCAGGCAGUUUGCACGACAUUAUGAAACCGGACAGCCGCUGCCUGAGAGCAUGGUGGCUCGACUGUGUGAAUCCAAGAAGGUGUGUGGAGCAGCAGACACUCAGUUGCAGAUUUUCUAUGCGGUCUUGGACCAGGUCUAUCACAGCCAACCUCAGAACCGCUCCACCACAGAGGUCCUGAAGGAGAUGCAGCAGCGAUUCUACGGCUUGCCUCACACACCCAACACGGCGUGGCAGCUCAGAUUUAGCCACCUGAUUGGCUACGGGGCCAAGUAUUACUCCUACCUCCUGUCGCGGGCCGUGGCGUCGAUGGUGUGGCGACAGUGCUUCGUUCAGGAUCCUCUGAACAGGGACAUGGGAGAACGCUACCGCCGGGAGAUGCUGGCACACGGUGGAGCCAAGGAACCCAUGCUGAUGGUGGAGGGGAUGCUGCAGAGACGACCGACCGUGGAGGACUUCGUGGACGCCCUGGUGUCAGAGCUGAACCCAAACUUUGAGACUUUUAUCAUGGACUCUGAAAACUGAAGGAAGUCUCGCUGCUCAUGGACUCUGUGGUCAGAGACGCUGCAGAGGCCGCUACAGCACACAGUGUCAGUCUGUAGGAGACACCUGAGCUCCAGACGUCUCACUGUCCUCACGUCUCACUGACUUCAGUCUCACUGUCCUCGGUCUCACUGUCCUCACGUCUCACUGACUUCAGUCUUACUGUCCUCACGUCUCACUGCUGCUCAUUAAACAUGACGUUUUUUUUUAGACCUGAAGUUGUUGAACCUCCUCCUGAUGUUUUCAUCCAUUAUUUCAUGUCUCUAAUCACAGAUGAUCACAGUUCUCCAGGCCACAUCUUUAUGUGUUUCCUCUCUGAUCUAAUCAGGCCGAGGAGGAGGAGGAGGAGGAGGAGGAGGAGGAGCAGCUGAUCUGCUCUUCCUGUCAUGUGCUGGUUGUUUGGCUGGUAGAUUAACGCCGCUCCGUCUGUUCUGUCUCUCAGUGGGAGAACCUGUGUUGAACCUGUGAACGACAGACUGGACUUCACGACCUUAGUCGACCUUGGACCGUCACUCCCUCGACUUAAUGCAGUGAUGAUCUCAUUUAGUUGAAAAUGAAUAAUAAUAAUGAAAAAUCCUUCAGAUACGCAGUGAGUCCAUGGACAUAUUUCAGUGUUUUUAAAUAUGUCCGUUUCCUGUUGGUGGAUUUAUCGUCAGUGUCGUAUCAGACAAACGAAAAGGAAAUAUGUUUGCUAUAAAAAACCCCAGAAUGUUCUCUUCAGUCAUGCCAUACAGGAAAGCCAACUAAUUAGAAAAGAUUUAAAAUUUAAAACAAAGAAAUAAUUACUCAAAAUAUAAACUUCAAGUAGUUUAUCUACAGAUCACAACCGUCAACACCUGAUCAGGAAUGAAAUGCUGUCAAACAUGUCGUCAGUCGCCUCAUCUACGUUACAAAAAUAUUGACCUAUGUGGGAUUUUGUUUGUUUUUUUACAGUAUCUACAACAUUCCUCGUCUUUAUGCUGCCCCCUGGUGUUAGGAUUGUCUUCAGCGUGCAACUUGAGCACUUCUCACGCGCGUCUUCACACCUAAAAUUUCACAAAUGUGUCCAUUACAUAAAAAAAAAAAA